AUGUACACAUUUUGUGCACCUUUUAGCUGCGGUAAUUUCAUCAAUAUAACCUAUCCUUUCUGGAACCUUAACACACAAUCUAGCUACUAUGGACGCCCUGAGUUUAUGCUUGACUGCCAAAAUGGUAGAUUGACUAUGGAAAUGAUGUCUAAAAAAUUUUACAUCCUUCAUAUAAAUCAAUCCUCUCAAGUUUUGAGGAUUGCAAGAGACGUUUUAUGGAGUUUUCUUCCAGGAAAUGAGUUUUCUUGUCCCAAACAUUAUGGUAAUGUGGAAAUAGAUUCCCAUUUCUUCCAUUACACUUCCAACAAUGAAAUGUAUACUAUAUUGUAUGAGUGUGGUGAUCUUCCAAAUUCAUACUUUACUCCCUCGUUUCAAAUUCCUUUUGAAGUAAUUGGUUGUUAUAUCGACGGAAAAUUUCAUAGUACAUACGUAGUUUCAAGUUCUAAAUUGACUGAUUUUAAUGCGGUGAACGGCAAGCAUAGUAUCACAGUACCUGGAAAAAAGAACACUUUGCCAAACAAAUCACGCGUUAUGGAGGGAACAUGGAAUUUGAAAAAGAAAAUCAUUAUUGGAAAACUACCAGAUGGGCGUGAAGUGGCAGUGAAAAGGCUUUUUAAAUACGGCGUCAAUAAUGAACAACAAUUUCUUAACGAAAUAAAUAUACUAGGAAGAACUUUUCAUCGUAAUCUCAUCUUAUUAUAUGGUUGCACAUCACUCAAAAGUCGUCGUGCUUUGGUUGUCUACGAGUAUGUUCCUAAUGGAUCUUUGAGUGAUCAUCUUCAUGGUGACAAAGCAACACCUAAUAAACUUCCUUGGAACAAUAGGAUGAGGAUUUCCGUGGAGAUAGCAGAUGCAUUGAACAAUCUUCAUGCUUCUCAUAUCAUUCAUAGGGAUAUUAAAACGAGUAAUAUUCUCUUAGAUGCCGAAUACCAUGUUAAAGUAGCUGAUUUUGGACUUGCGCGCCUCUUUCCGAAAGAUCAAAGUCAUGUUUUAACAAUUCCACAACGGACAUCAGGCUAUGUAGAUCCCGAGGACAAUCAGACUAAUGCACUUACUUACAAAAGUGAUGUGUUCAGUUUUGGUGUGGUGUUGAUUGAACUCAUAACAUCUUUGCGUGCUUAUGAUCGCAACAGAAAGGAUGAUGGUGUCAAUCUGUAUGACAUGGCUAUUAAAAAAAUUCAAGAUCACACUUUGCAUGAUAUUGUGGAUCAUACCCUCGGUUUUGAUACAGAUUCCAUGGUAAAGCAAAUGAUUAAUGGGGUUGCCGAGUUAGCACUUUCUUGUCUCCAAAGUUCCGGUGAUAUGAGACCGACAAUGGAAUCUGUGCUCCAAUGUUUACAAAGUCUCAAGGAUGUGAAAGAAAUCCAACCUCAAGUAGCCGGAAGUUCUAGCCCAAAUGAUGAAAUAGUGUUGCUGAAUAAUGAUCUAGCUUGACUCUCACCUAGUUAAAACAAUACAAAAUUCUAGUUCAGUUAGUAUUUAACUACAAUAUGUUGUUAAGUAGUUUGCUUAUUUCAAUUAUUUUGGCUAACUUUAUGUAAAUAUA